CAAACACGGAAAUAAAGUGUGCAUACGUCAACGGUGCACAGAGCUUUAGUUGUUUGCACAUAUUCUUUACACCGUUAAAGUGUAAACGUUAAUUAAUAAUAAAGUAGGAUUAUUAUUAUUACUAAUCUUUCUCGUUCUAUGGAUUUUCUGCAGUUGUUAUCAUGGGCGUGCAUCGUGUUUACCAUCGGCAUGUUCUCCACGGGACUGACCGAUUUAAAGAAAAUGAGAGCCAUACAGAGUGCAGAUAGUGUCCAGUUCCUGCCUUUCCUCACCACCUGCUUAAAUAAUUUAGGCUGGCUGUACUACGGGGUGCUGAAAAACGAUGGCACAUUGAUGCUUGUUAAUUCCAUUGGAGCCUUAUUACAGUUACUGUAUAUCGUCACCUACUUCCAUUAUGCCAAAGAGAGGAGGAAUGUGUUUGUGCAGACCCUGGGCAUGGUAUGUGUGUUGUGUGUAUCUUGGGUCUAUUUCAGCAUGAUUGUUCCUCCGGGAAACACACAGCUUUCGCAGCUGGGCCUGGCCUGCAGCGCCUUCACCAUCACCAUGUACCUGUCACCGCUCGCUGACCUGCUGGAGAUAAUACGUUCCCGUUCAGUCGAGCGUUUGUCCUUCUCCCUCACUGUCGCUACCUUCUUUACAUCCACCUCCUGGACUCUGUAUGGCCUUCAGCUGGGAGAUUACUACAUUAUGGUGCCCAACACUCCAGGUAUUGUGACAAGUCUCAUCCGUUUUCUUCUCUUCAGGUUGUUUGACUCCGCUAGUCACGACAAGCCACCAUAUAAACCCCUCCAGGUCUAAACGGAUCCAAUUAAGUCACCGAGUGCCUUAGCCCUGUUCCCUGGGCCAGUCUAACCUAAAUCCCAUGCCACAUCUUGCAUCACAAUCCUAACCUUAUACCAUCUGUGUAUGAGGUUUUUAUUUUAUUUUUAUUUUUUUAUUUAAUAUAAGUAGUAGCCGAUUCAAAUUUACCCCAAACUUGUUAUUGCUCAAACAAUCCAGAGAGAAUCCGUAUUUCAACUCAGGGCUAACUGGAAGUUUUAAAAGUACAUCUCUAAGCUUUGUCACACUGCCACUUUGAGUAACAUUUAAACAUAUCUGGGUGUCUGUAUGCACUGUGACUCCAAUUUAAAAAAACAUGGAUAUGUGGACAGCAAAUUUCCCCGAGCCUCUGACCCUUAAUUUUCCAUUAAAUGUACAAACAACAACUUGAGUUGUGCUUGCUAACAGAUAAAAGCAUUAAAAUGAAAUUCCAGUCUUAUCUCCAAAUUAGAUUCUGACAUCCUGAAGCGUUUUUUUUCCCCAGCUAUUAUUUUAUUAUAUAUAUAUUUUUUUAAACAAGCCUUUUAAUUGCCAAUUUAUUUCUAUUGCUUUAAUCCUGGAAUACAUAAUUUUCAUGCUAACGCCUUAAUACAAUGAGGCUGUUUUGGUGGAGGACCUACACAAAGCUUUGAUGAAUGUAUAUAUUUUAUUAAAUGUAUAUACUGGUAUAAGGUAUAUACAGGACCAGAUGAAAAAAGGAUUUUUAAUUU